AUUUUGCUUCAAAUCGUGCGUGUUCGGCUUAUCUUUCCAUCCCUCCCCUCACGCAUCACCUAUCACGCUACUCGAAUUGACCGUGUAUUCGCCGAAAUGCAGCCCCACUAGCGCCAGCGCCCACCCCCCAAUCGUGAUCGACCACAUGACUGACUUUUACUGACAGACAGUCUCACAUAACUAUAAGUGCAUGCAUCAGCUUGACGGUUUGUUCACUGGAAGAUUGCUCCCUAGUUUCCGAUAUGCGUCUACCCCGUUUGGCCCUCGCCGCCUUGCCCCUCCUGGGAUCUGCCCAAAGCGCCAGCUUUCCAUCAUCAUCCGACCGCUCGCCCCUGUCCCUCGCACAGUACGAACAAGAAGUAUUUGACGUGGCGAUGCAGCUUAACGAUUGGGCUUGGGAAUCGUCGACGGGAUGGGUUCAGGCAGACGAUGAUAAAGGUCAUACGAGUACGCGUUUUACGGUUUGGUAUGCUGUUGGGUUAUUGCAUAGGAACGAGAAAGAUGAUUUGUCGAAUGCGAUAUGGGCUAUUGAGAAUGUGAUCUCACUCCAGUAUGUCGACACGAAGAGCAACAAUACGCCGUGGUACUGGGACUACAAACUAGCCAGCGACAUACCCGACCCCAACCCCGAUACCUUCCCCGCCGAAAUCUACGAAUCCUACGACCCGAAUUGGACAUACUUUAUCGGCAUCCAAUUCAUCCAGAUCAUCGAAGAAUUCUCCCACCUCCUCCCCGCCUCCCUCCUCAGCUCUAUGGAAGAAUCAACGUACCGCGCCGCACGGCACCUCAUGGCCCGCGUAGGGUACGACGGCGACAACCUCGUCACUGCUUAUUCCAACCCCGCCAUCGGCCGGGCGCUUAUCGUCUCGUGGGUGGGGGAAAGAAGGGGGGAUGCUAAUUUGACGAGGGCUGGGGAGCGGUAUGGGAGGGAUGUUUGGGAGCUGUUCACGGCGGGGGGGCAUGAUACGUUGGGAGAGUAUAAUGCGCCGACGUACUAUGGGGAUGACGUCCUCGGUCUUCUGCAAUGGGUCCGACACGCCCCCUCAAACUCUUCCCUCCCCGAAUGGGGUAGAUACAUCUUGCACCAUCUCUGGGAAGACAUUGCCCAGCACUACAACCACAAUUUGAAGAAUAUGGUCGGGCCAUACGACAGGGUCUACCACCGCAAUAUGCUCAUCGACCACAACAUCAUCACCGUCUUCUUCUGGAUCCUCCUCGGCCGCCCUCAAUCCCCAGUAGCGCCUGUCGGCAUGUCUUCGUCCAUGUACGACCUCCGCCAAGGCGCGGCUUUUGCCCUCGUCGGACAGACUUUGAAGGAGGUGUUGGAGGAGAGCACUAUCAGGAAACUUGUGCAGAGGCUAGGUGGGGGGGAGGGGGAUAGGGUGUUUGAGAGGCGGGUGAGGGUGUCGUUGGAUAAUGGUACGGAGAGGGUGAAUAGUGUUUGGAUGAAUGAGAAUGUCAUGGCUGGGGGUCAGCAAGUGGCAGAAGAAUUCAACCGCGGCCCCCAAUUCACACCCCUAAUCCUGCACUGGAAAUCCGGCACCACCUCUCUCGCUGAACGUCCAUACGUCUCGUUUUUCCAACUGUACGCCACUGCGAGUACGAUAAACGCCACCGUCACGCCUUGGCACGUUUCUGUCAGUUAUCCGAAUAGGACGGAAGGACAAGAGGGGACGGGGGUGUUUCAGUAUUUGAUAGGGGAUAUACCGGCGCCUUUUUGGAAGGAGGGUAAUAAUAUGAAUGGGUUCAACAACCUUCCGUGUUUGAACGUAUCCAUAUCAAGUACGGGGCUCAAUGGUACGAUCGAGUAUGGGAAAUACGGCGACUUUAGUAUCCAGAGUAACAACCUGUGGUCAGUGUCGUACUACGUGGAUCCGUCGGCUGAAACGCCGAAUAUGGAUUUUGAUUUGAGUUAUACUUGUUGACGUUGGACGUUGAAGAAGAGGAGAGAAGGGGGUGAUCAUGUCGUAUAGUUUUUCAUACAAGUAUGACCAAGAGAUAGGCUGCACUGGCCGAUGCAGAU